UUAGACUAAUUUAAAAUAUUUCAAAUUGGCUAUGUGCCAUCCGCUGUUUAAAAAACCAGCACCUGUUACUUGUCAAUGAGCACAAGCACUACAUUUGUAGAUCUACAGAUCAAUAAACGUCACGCCAAAUUCAAUAGCGGAAGACGAUCUUUAUAUUUGAACGCUUUUCAUAAUAUUCUACUCACUCGAACACUAGACUUUGAAGACUAGACGUCAUGUCAACCGUAUUAACAUUAGAUCUUUACAAGGAAAUUUAUUAUUUAACACAAGAAGAAACCAAAAAUUGGCGUCAAGUUUUAAAAUAUGGAGAUGGCCUAGAAUUAAAUUCAAAAAGAAAACUGUUAUGGACUUGGCCUACAGAGAAAUAUUUGGAAAAUUUAAAAUAUUUGUUAGGAAAGUUCGAUAUUAAAGUUAUUUUAAGCAUCGGCUGCGGUAGUGGUCUAUUAGAAUGGCUGCUUACAGAAAGUUUGGACAUUUUUGUUUACGGUUUAGAAAUUGAUCGCAAUUGGUGGCAAAGUCAAUAUGCUGUCAAAUCCUUCAUUAAAUUAAAUUAUGCAGAUGAUAUCUUAAGUGUGCCUACGCAGUUGGAAGAUGCACAGAAAUUCCUUCAAAAUUGUUGUAAUCUUCGUAACUGGAAUUUCGCUUUACUCUUUUGCUACUUUAACAACCGAAAAGCGUUUUUGUACUACAUUAGCAUAUAUAAAGGCAAAUGGAUUAUUCUUAUAGGACCUUCAGAAAAAGUAAAUGUGCACAGUGACCCAAUGCCCCUGCAACCCGAGUUUGAAAUAGAAUCAGCAAAAGAAUGGCAAUUAAGAGAAAGCCUACAUCUAAAUGAAUGUGAUAUUUUAGCCUUAUAUGAAAGAAUAUAAAUUACUAAUAAAAUUUU